AAUACAGUUUCCGGUAGUGAAAGACCGGAAGAUCUGUAUGUAGUUCUUUAUUCUCCUUUCUUCACUCAUAGCUGAUGUUUUUUUAUAUUAGAAUUAUACAUUUUUAAUUCACUUGUAUAGCUGAUGCAUAAAAUGCUGUCCUUGGAUUUCCUAGACGAUGUGCGGCGGAUGAACAAACGCCAGCUCUACUACCAGGUCCUGAACUUUGGAAUGAUUGUUUCUUCAGCCUUGAUGAUCUGGAAAGGCUUAAUGGUGGUCACAGGCAGUGAAAGUCCCAUUGUGGUUGUACUCAGUGGGAGUAUGGAGCCGGCUUUCCACAGAGGAGACCUUCUGUUUCUUACCAACAGAGUCGAAGAUCCCAUCCGAGUUGGAGAAAUUGUUGUCUUCAGGAUAGAAGGAAGAGAGAUCCCAAUAGUACACAGAGUCCUCAAAGUGCAUGAGAAGGAAAAUGGAGACAUUAAGUUUUUGACCAAAGGUGACAACAAUGCUGUAGAUGACAGAGGUCUGUACAAGCAGGGACAGCACUGGCUGGAGAAGAAAGAUGUGGUGGGGCGGGCUAGAGGGUUUGUGCCGUAUAUAGGAAUCGUUACUAUUCUCAUGAAUGACUAUCCAAAAUUUAAGUACGCAGUUUUAUUUCUCCUGGGGCUCUUUGUUCUGAUCCAUCGGGAGUGAGGAUUCUGUUAUCUGGACACGCAUCAUUGCUGCCAGGCUUAUUGCAGACCGUCUCAUGUUACAAAAAGAUUUUGUGUAAUGUACAAAUUCAGUUUACUAUUAGAUUUCAUAACACUUGGGGUCAAUUUUAUCCUGGGCAGUUUGAACUCAGGACCCAAGUUUAAAAAAAAAAAAAUUAUAUAUAUAUAUAUAUAUAUAUAUAUAUAUAUAUAUAUAUA